AUGGGGCCCAAGAGGACUCAGGAGGCAGAACGGCGCAUCAACAUUGGAAGCCAAUUCCAAUCGGAGCUUCCAGACCUCCAGGACCCAGCCCGUUUGGAAGAGGAGGAAGAGGGAGCGUCGCUGGUGUGGAAGCCCUGGGGCGACGUGGAAACCAACCCGGAGACGCAGGAGAAAGUUAGAAACCUGCUCCAUUUGGCGUCUGCCAAGGGCGGGCCGGGGGGCCGGGUCAACGCGGAGCUGGCUCUGCAUUGCCUGCACGAGGCUCAAGGCGACGUGCUGGAGGCGGCGGAGAUGCUGCGUGCUGGGCCGCCUCGGAGACCCGAGUCCCAUCCCCUGGCUGAUUAUCAUUACACAGGCUCGGAUACUUGGACACCGGUGGAGGAGCAAUUGUUUAAAGAGGCUUUUUACCUCCAUAAGAAGAAUUUUCGCCUCAUACAGAAGCAGAUCCAGACUAAAAGCGUGUCUCAGUGUGUUGAAUAUUAUUACACCUGGAAGAAGAAAACCCGUUUUGGCUGCACUCGGCCUCGCCUGAAGCAGAAGAAGCGCCCGAGACGCCCGGACGAGGAGGAAGAGGUAGAAAAGCUGCUGGGGGAGUGA